CCGGUAAGCGUACAAAUACAGCAGGAGCGUGGGAGAAGAUCAGGGUACACUGAACAUAUCUCUACACUGUCGCCUCUUCACUGAAGGGAAGUGAAGGAUGAAGUGUGCGAGAUGUUGGCUGUCAGCACUGGCCCUGCUGCUGCUCAGUGUUGUUGGAGUAAAUAUGGAGCAUCUCCAAGCUGAGAACCUGAAUCUCCUUCCCCCAGAUGAGCACAACUUGGUCUUGAACCGUGGAAUGAGAGUGCUGCCCAGAGACUGCCAUGAAAUGCUGAUGACCUCUUCAGGCCAGUCCAGAGACGGGGUGUACCUGAUCCAACCGGAUGACUCUCCCAUUGUGGCCUACUGUGCCAUGCAGGAGGGCGGCUGGACUGUGGUGCAGCAUAUCACCGUCAACAGCAGUGUGAAUUUUGAUCGUACCUGGGCUGAGUACAAACAUGGCUUCGGGGCUGUAACUGGUGAUCACUGGCUUGGGAACGAAUACCUUUAUCAGCUCACCCGUGGCCCUGGGCGCCAUAAACUGGGAAUAAAACUUGUGGACCGUGACGCCGUCACCAAGACGGGGGAGUAUGAUCCAUUCCUGGUGGAGGAUGAAUCAUCAGCCUACAGACUGAGGCUGGGGUUGUUUCAGGGCACGGCUGUGGAUGCUAUGACUCUGGACACAGAGAACUACCUGCAUGAUAACCAGAGAUUCACCACUAAAGACAGAGACAAUGAUAACUACUUCCAAAACUGUGCAAAGCUGGAGUUUCAGGGGGUGCCGGGAGGAGGUUGGUGGUAUGACGCCUGUGCUGGUGCAAACCUCAAUCGCAGGAAUGUUAUUUACUGGCAGAAGGACUGCAAUAAAGAGCGACUGUGCAAGUACGCAUGGAUGAUGGUGAGACCGUCUGACACACUUAAACUAAUUCAAAGGAGAGACUGCAAGAAAGAUGAGCUGUAAGGACACCACUUUCAAGAUUUCUGAUACUGUAUGACACUGGGUUUGGGAACUAUUGGGGGGGCAAGAGUUUUUUGUUUUUUCAGGCUUUCUUGCAACAAAAUUUACAUUACGCCUUUUCCCCUAAUAUUCAAUACAAUAGACACACAUUCAAUUCACCACAUUUUAUUCUGAAAUGCAUGGACAUGUUCACAAAAUACUGAAAAGAACAAAAAAAAAUCACAAACUUGGAACACAAUAUAAAAAUGCAGUAUGGUUUUAAGUCUAGCUUCGUUUCCAUCAUCAACAUGUACACGAAGUAAAGCAUGUCACUGUUCCCCAAAUUGCAAGUGCAGAUUUUCGCUUUAUCACAGUUACUAAAAGUGUUUUUAAUGACAUUAUAGCUUAUGACACAUGAAACAUAUCUCUUUUUUUGCAUGUAAUCUCCCAUCCAAUGCUUACACAGAGGAACAUUUCACAAACAGCAUUUUAUUUGACACAACACAUUACAAGUUUGCCAGAAAUACAAUGACGAUAUGAUGACAU